AAACCCUUAAACCCUAAAACCCUUCAAUACCUCUCUGUUUCAUUUCUCAAUAGCCAUGGCGUCCAUGGCGAGCAGAAUCAACCCGCUCCUCACCAGCCUCCCACACUUCCUCACAUGGAGGUCCCUCGGCUUCCGAACAGUCUGCAUGGGCCGCCUCGGCUUCGCCACCCAGUCCCAGCUCGACGCAGACCCUCCUGCGGCCGUCGCUGGCACGAAGGUCCUCGAGACUGCCAGAGAGGAAUUCGAGAUUGGCUCGCGCUUGAUCACUCUCGAGACGGGCAAGAUCGCCCGCUUCGCCAACGGAGCCGUCGUUUUGGGCAUGGACGAGACCAAAAUAUUGUCCACCGUCGCGGCCGCCAAAGGGGACGCUGUUCGGGAUUUCUUGCCCCUCACUGUUGAGUAUCAAGAGAAGCAAUUUGCCCGAGGUGUUAUCCCAAACACAUACAUGCGGAGGGAGGGAGCUCCAAGAGAGCGUGAACUUUUAUGUGGUCGUCUUAUUGAUCGGCCAAUUCGACCACUAUUUCCUCCUGGAUUCUACCAUGAGGUUCAGGUUAUGGCAAAUGUGCUUUCUUCCGAUGGAAAACAAGAUCCAGAUGUGAUGGCAGCUAAUGCGACAUCAGCUGCUCUUAUGUUAUCAGAUAUUCCUUGGGGUGGCCCCAUUGGUGUGAUACGUAUAGGGAGGAUUUCUGGGCAAUUUAUUAUAAACCCAACCAUUGAUGAGCUAAGCUUAAGCGAUCUUAAUUUAGUAUAUGCCUGUACAAGGGACAAAACUUUAAUGAUUGAUGUGCAAGCUCGUGAGAUCUCAGAGAAAGAUCUAGAAGCUGGUUUAAGACUGGCUCAUCCUGAGGCAGUGAAAUAUCUUGAACCUCAGAUCAGACUGGCUGCUAAAGCUGGUAAGUGUAAGAAAGAAUAUAAAUUGUCUAUGGUGUCAGAUGGAACACUGGAGAAAGUUAGAAACUUGGCAGAAGCACCUAUAGAGGCUGUUUUUACUGAUCCUUCCUAUGGCAAGUUUGAACGUGGAGAGGCUUUAGAGAAGAUUACACAAGAUGUAAAGAGAGCACUUGAAGAAGAAUGUGAUGAAGAAAGUUUGAAAGUCUUACCCAAGGCAGUAGACACAGUGAGGAAAAAGGUUGUACGCAGAAGGAUUAUAAAUGAAGGAUUUAGAGUUGAUGGGAGACAUCUUGAUGAAGUGAGGCCUUUGUAUUGUGAAGCUGGUAGUUUUCCUAUAUUGCAUGGGUCAUCAAUUUUUAAUCGUGGAGAUACUCAGGUUCUUUGUACUGUAACACUUGGAGCACCCGGAGAUGCUCAACACUUGGAUUCCCUUGUUGGUCCUCCAACAAAGCGCUUCAUGCUUCACUACAGUUUUCCACCAUUCUCAAUAAAUGAAGUUGGUAAACGUGUUGGCCUGAACAGGCGUGAAGUUGGGCAUGGAACUCUUGCUGAGAAAGCUCUGCUAGCUGUAUUACCUCCUGAAGAUGAUUUUCCCUAUGCGGUCCGUGUCAACUCAGAGGUCAUGGCCUCAGACGGUUCAACAUCUAUGGCGACUGUCUGUGGAGGCAGUAUGGCAUUGAUGGAUGCUGGCAUUCCAUUACGCGAACAUGUAGCUGGUGUUUCAGUGGGUCUGGUUAGUGAAAUUGAUCCAUCAACUGGAACAAUUAAGGACUAUCGUAUAUUGACUGAUAUUUUGGGACUGGAGGAUCAUCUGGGAGACAUGGACUUCAAAAUUGCUGGCACGCGAAAAGGAGUUACAGCAAUUCAGUUGGAUAUAAAACCUGCUGGAAUUCCUUUAGAUAUCAUUUGUGAGUCUUUGGAACCUGCACUUAAAGGUCGUCUUCAAAUCCUUGACCACAUGGAGCGAGAGAUCAAUGCACCGCGUACUCAGGGUGAUAGGAAUUCUCCUCGAUUAGCUACCUUAAAAUUCAGUAAUGAUGCCCUGCGUCGCUUGAUUGGACCUCUAGGAGUUUUAAAGAGAAAGAUUGAAGAGGAAACAGGUGCACGAAUGUCUGUAAGUGAUGGAACACUUACCAUAGUUGCUAAGAAUCAAGCUGUAAUGGAAAAAGUAUUAGAAAAGGUUGAUUUUAUUGUCGGUCGUGAGAUUGAAAUCGGAGGGAUCUAUAAAGGUGUUGUAACUUCAGUAAAAGAAUAUGGUGCAUUUGUGGAGUUUAAUGGUGGCCAGCAAGGCCUUCUACACAUUUCUGAGUUGUCACAUGAGCCGGUCUCCCGGGUUUCAGAUGUGGUAUCUAUUGGCCAGCAGGUUUCUUUGAUGUGUAUAGGCCAGGAUGUUCGUGGUAACAUCAAAUUAUCCCUUAAAGCAACUUUACCUCGACCUGGAUCUGAGACAAAUUAUGUGGUUGAAGGAUCUGUUCCAUCUGCGAAAGAAGAACCUAAUAUUUGGGCAUCAGUUGAGGAAGUCUCUGAUGGCCAAGAAAAUCAGAAUUCCACAUCAGAGGAGUUGUCAGGGAGCAAAUAUGAAAUGAGUGGGUUAAACCCCUCUACUUCUUCGAUACCUACAAUUCUAAUUCGAAGUGCUGCAGAGUGUGAUGAGGAGGAAAAAUCUGCUGCUUGGAGUCAGAAUCCCAAGAGUACCACUAAUCCUGCUGGUGCUUCAAAAUCAGAAGGAAAGUCAAAAACAUCCUGUCCUCAGGGUGAUUCACAAUUUUCUGAUUCUAUUAUCUCUCCAACGAAGAAUGUUAAGUACUCAAAACGUGUCUUGGAAAAUAGAGAGAAAGAAUCCCAUUCUAUCCUCAGAAGUCAAGAUGGAGAUGGGAAUAAGUAUGAUUUUGCAUCUCUCUUACGUACUAGUGAUGAUUUGAUUGAUAAAAUGGAUGAAGCCAAGGGUCCUAUAAGUGCAAAAAAGAUGAAGAUUGGAACAAAACUUACUGCCAAGGUUUAUCAAAUUCGCGCACAUGGGUUGGUCCUUGAUUUGGGUGGAGGACUUCGUGGAAUGUAUCGGUUUGAGAGUAAUGGAAGAAGGGAUUUUGGGCUUGGCGAUGAGUUGCGAGUAGAGUGUUCAAGCUUUUCUAGCAAGGGAAUUGCAGUAUUGUCUUUGGUGGAUGAUCAAUAGUAUUGUAUCUACAGUUCUUCUAUGAGAUGGGAGCAGCAAAAUAAUUGAUCUCAAGAAAUUCUUGUAGCGGCUGGGAAAUGUUAAAUUUUGGCAACCUCAAGGGGUAGUUCAAUCAAUUGGGGACCACGCCUCUUGAAGUGAAGGUCACUAAUUCGAAUCUCUCUUUCCCUCUCCCAUUGAGGUCAAUUAUGACCUGCCCAAAUCCAUGAGAAUAUCAUAAAUGUUGGGGCUCAGUUCAAGAUCAAUUCUAUAUGAAGCUUCCUCAACUUCUGCAAGUAGAGAGAGAGUAGUAUUUUGGAAAUGCCCUAACACAGAUUAGACAACCUGACAUAAAAUCGUAAUUGGGUAGGUGUUCCAUGUAUCUUUUGUAAAUUAUACAUUAUUGCUAUAUUAUGUAAGUCUGUCAAAGGGGAUAAGAAAGUUCAUAUAUAUGGAGAAAACAGAGAGGAAUAUCACCAAUGAUGAUGGUUUCUGACCCUUUAAAAAUGGGUUUUUCUUU